UGAGCUUGUGUCGCUGUGGAAUAAUUUGCACUUGAAAAAAACAAGUCCUUCAGUGAAAAGGAAGCGUCGAAGAGAAUGACACAAUCAAAGAGAAGAACAAUUUGAUAUAUUGACAUAUUGCCCGUAGAAAUGGGAACGAAUGCGUCCCACUUUAGGCCCACGGAAGAAUUUUCACUCAUCAAUCGCGCAGCUGUGCCGCGUUUGUCGGGCAGAUCACAUCGCUCCUUACCAAUCGAAAAUCGUCAUGGUCAUUUGUUUGAUGUUGUUAUUCAGCUAAAACAUGAAGACAAGGACAUAUAUUCGUGUUUCUUUCCAAGUGACGACGAUAGCGUCCUUUUAACCGCGUCCAAAGUAGAACAAACAACUUUUUUCCGCCAUAAUCGCGAAUUUUCAUCGAUAAGAUUAUGGGACCUGAAUCAGAAACAAAUCAACACUGGGUUUUUGGCUGACUUCCCUCGCUCAUUUAGAUCCUGCGAUUUUUCGCCCGAUGGCCAAUUGGUGGUUUGUAUUUUUAGCGAAGACUCCCUUGCGCUGGUGCGAAUGAGAUCUUGGAAAACUACCAGUGCUGAAGUUGUUCACAUGCGUAGAUUUUGGCGAAAGAGACGAGGAGUACUAAUGUGUUGUUCGUUCUCUCCUGAUGGUCGAUCGCUUGUCGUAGCAUCUAAAUUGACAGGUGAUUUAAAUCAUAUCUGUAUUAUUGACAUUGCCAGCAAGAAAAUGGUCAGAAAAAUGAAAUCCGCAACGAACUCAAGCUCAAAGAUUCGCGGUCACCCGCGAUCAUGUGUAUUUUCGCCUGAUGGUUUGUUCUUAGCUGUAUCGUGCACCUCUGGACAGCUAAUUGUUUUCGACACUCAAGACUUUCAUAUCCAUAGUAGUCUAGACUUGGAUACUUCCACAUCAUCCACGUGUUUAUGCCUUCCAUUCCGUCACUCAAGUCGCCGCACGCUUAGUUCUCACUUACAAUGUUGGUAUUUGUUUGAUCCUCGCUAUGGACAUAAGUAUUUGACAUCAUGUCUUGAAGAUGGCACCAUUCAAACAUGGUCUCUUACUGCCGACGAACCUGGUCUUACAUGUAUUCAACUUGCUUAUGCAUUGCAGACUCCAUGGCAGAAAAUAAGGUCUGCUGCCUUUUCCCCUGAUGGUACAAUGUUAGCAGUUGGUACAUCAGACUCCAAGGUCUUGGCACUGAACUCAGAAAGUUUAAGUGUAUUGUUUGUCCUCAAUGCUCAUCUUCAACCAGAUGGUCUAAGAACAUGGUAUCAAAACACAGAAGUGUCUUGCCUGGCCUUUACAAGAACAUGCCAGCAGGUUGCUGCUGGUUAUAAAGAUGGACGCGUCAGGGUUUGGCAGUUGCCAUUAAUUUUAAAUCUUCAGCACAUGUGUAGAUUGGUUGUUAUUAAUCAUGUUCCCGCCCAAGAGAUUCCAGAGUUACCCCUUCCAGCACAUUUAAUCAGAUAUCUUCUGUUCUCCCCUCUGAAGCAAUUCUGACUAAUGGAUUUCUGGAGAGGGCUACUCAAUAAAGUGAGGUUCAAUGAGAUAGACAGGGAAAAAUUGUGGUUAUGUCAGUUCUACACAGUAAACAUUGAAGCAAUUUUUUUUUUAGCUAAAUUGUUAUUAAUGAAAAUUUGAUUUUCUCUCUUGUUGUUAACAUUGUCAUUCAAUUUAUCUUUGGACUAGCAUUGUAACAUUUGUUGAUAUUAAUAUUUAAGGCCAUCCUCAUUUUUCCAUUAACUGUCUUUAAUGUUAAUUUAUCUGUUUGGUGGUGAUUGAAAGGUAGUUAAUAUGUAUAAACUUUUCUAGUGAGAUGUGGAAGCAAAAGCUCAGUGAGGGAAAGAUUAUAGAGAGAUGGGUCACCAUGUAGGAUGUUUUUGUUCCAGUCUUUUAAACCUUAAGAGUAACCAGUAUCUACUUUCUCGUUACAGUAAUACUGCUGAAUCGUUCAUUUAGAUCACGAGAAUAAAGGAAAGGAUUGCCAACUUAAGAAGCUUUGAUUGUUAACAAGCUCUCCUUGGCAGUACCAAAGGGAAAGUAAAGACAACAGUAUGAAGAAUAUAGAUACUGAUGUGAGGGUGUUAAAGAGUUCAAGAAAAAUAUAAAUUUGGAUUUUCUUUUCUAUAUUCAAGUGAUAAAAACAAGAAAUCAUUUUCAGGUUCUUGCCUACAUUGUGGUUGUGUCAUUGCUUUUAAUCUUUUGCUAAAAUUAUUUGGCAGAAGAGCAAAUAAACUAAAAGGACAGCCUGAUUUUAAGUGAUGUUACAACUUCCAUCUCUUGUUUAGAACAGAGAGCAAUAAAUAAAUAUCUAGAUUCCCCCCAACAAAACUUUUUGUACAAAUGUAAGACAUGCUGUAAAAGGUUAUAUUUUUAAGGAAAUCUAUUUAUCAAGUUGUAACUAUUUAAAUUAUUGAUUGUUGUAGUACAUCUCAGGAAAUGCUAUUACUCCAUGUUGUGGUAAGGUAUCUUGAUUGUUACCCUGGAUCUCAGGAAUCUCUGGGAAUAAGUAUCAGAAUCACUGUAGUUUCAUAUACCUUUAACCCUUUAACCCAAGGGAUGACCAGCAUCCAAUUUUUCCUUAAAGUAUUACUUUGGAAUCAUUCAUUAAGAUCAUGAGAAUAAAUUUAAUGAUUGCCAACCUAAGAAGCUGUGAUUGUUAAAUAAAUUCUCCUUGUCAGUACCAAAGGAAAUGUAUAUAGAAGAGUGUGGAGAACAUGGGUGCUGAUGUUAGGGUGUAAAGGGUUAAUUAUGCCACAUGACCAGUUACAGUAAAUUGAGAUGUUUAUGUACACAGUAAGCUUAUCAAAAGGUAUAAUUCAUUCCAUAAAAAUUGCUUUCAUUUUUGUUAUGAAUCAUAUGAUUAAAAAACACCUUUGAUUGGGUUGAGUGGAAAUUAAAUUAAAAAAUUUAGGAGUUCUUUUAACAACCAAAGAAAUUUUGUUAAGUGAAUUUGCAAUUUCAUAUCUGUCAUUUACCAAAUUUUGGAAUGCAUGAAAGAGGCAACACACUGAAUCAUUUGAUAACAAAUUGAAAUAAACUAUAAACUCUAAUUUUGUACUCAAAUUUGUGAUGUCAUUUGAUAACAAUUCAAACUGUUUAUACUGCAUGUUGAUUAUGAGGAAUUAUUUAUUUCAUGCUAAAUACAGUAGUAGUACACUUGGAAAAUAGAUAUGUGUAGUGCAUAACUU